CCUGAUUCUACCUAUAAAAGUAAUUUUGUAGCUGAAAUCUACUUAAAGCAAGUUUAUGUAACGUAGAACAAGGGAAUGCUGUUUAAACUUAAUAGGGUACAUUCAACCAACAUACAAUUUCAAUUUCUAGAGCUUGGGAUGGACACAUUUAACACAGCCCAAGACAUAGAGGGCGGUAUAGAGUUGUGUCAUCUACAAGACAACUUCUCUUAAGGACAGAAAAUAAAAAGAACACCUGAGGACAUUUGAAAUGAGAAGCAGCUGGAAGUGGUGUUUGUCGUUUGGUACAACUCAUUUAGCCAGCUUAAAAAUUGUCACAAUGGCUUGCACAAAGAACAUAGGGCUUCGAGUACUUUUUGGAAAAGAUGAUGCACACAAAAUGUUCCUUCCUAAUGGCUUGCCUGCAUCCCUGGAUGAUAUGCUUGAGAAAGUAAAGAUGACUUUUAAUUUGAGAGGAAACAUAAGGCUGCAGUACUUGGAUGCUGAUUUUGGUGAAUUUGUUAAUGUAACUGACAUUUCUGAAAUACAACAUCUUGGGACCAUAAAGGUAAUUCAGCUACAGGAUGAAAUGUUUCCAGUGCAAGAAUUAGGCUCUUCAGCCACCUCAGGAUUGACCAUGGAGAUGGAUGACGUUACAUCUGAAAUUUCAUGCAAUACAGAAUGCAGCACAGAAAGCCCAAACAUUUCACAUCCUGAGUCUGUUUUGUCCAGAACCCAUCCAUGGCCAACAAAUUUCCCAAUCCCGUGCUUCUCAUAUGAGACUGAGCUUCAAUUAGAAAGGGGAAAUGCUGAAUAUCAAGCUAAUAAGAAGGUGUUGACUGUUGGGUCGAAGAUGAAAAGUGACAUUCUACAAAAAGUGGCAGAACAAAUCUACAAAUUUAAAGCAUAUCCAUUAGACACUGAUUUUAGUGAGGUAGCAGAGGCGUUAGUGGAGAGACAUCCUUGCCUAAAGGAGCCCGGUUCCUGUUGUGGAUCCUAUGGAUGGAAGCAGAGGCUAAAAUUUAAAAUGGCCAACUACAGAACCAUGCUGAAAUUACAUGGCUGUGCCGAAAUUAAUAUUAAUUCACUAAAAGCUAAAGGUAAUGAAGAUGCUCACCCAUCUAAGAAUAUUAAAAGACCAAGACGAGCAGAGGCAAACUACUGUCCUAGUCUGCCAGUUGGUGAAACAAGAGAGAGCCUUGAAAAACUGCGGAUAACUCUUUUGAAUGAAGCGAAGAAAAAAAACAAUGAUAAAGUAAUUCGUGAAAUUAUGGCAAAGACUUUUGCCUAUAGGCGUUAUGAAAUCGUCACAGAACAGCCAAACAUAGCAGAUUUUAUGAAUAGAUGGCCUACUCUGUUCCAGGAGAAUGAGAUCAAUGCAGAAUUUCUCCGCAUCACAACAGUCCCCCUUCAGAUUCGAUUCUUUGCAGAAUUAGACAGACUUUCCACAAAUCUUGUAAAAGUUAUCAAAGGCAGAGGUGGAGCCAUUCGUUCCAAAACUAGCCAAUAUGUGUUGGCAUUUGAUGAGACUAGUGACAUAAAUAUAAGGAGAGAGUGUAUCCUUAGAUCCAUCAUUCUCUACCUUGGUGAGGAUGACAAAAACCUGAUAAAAGACUACAUGGAUAUACAAGAUGAGCAGGAAUCAGAUGACCUCUCUAAACAGACAAUGGCCAUCUUUGUGAAACGAAAACCAUGAAGCGACUUAAUGCUGCGUUCCAGGCAUGUUUUUGAGCAUGUGAACUACGACUUCAAAACCACGACUCACGACUCUGAACUGGGAGUAUGCGUUCCAGGCAGCCUGUAACCCGUGUUUUUACAACCUUCUACCUGUAAAAGUGCACUGGAACGGGAGUCAAAUCCGUGACUUCCUACCCGUGAACUCGUAUUAGAUCGUUGUACUCCCAGUUCAGAGUCCUGAGUCGUGGUUUUGAAGUCAUGAUUUACGGGUUACAGGUUGCCUGGAACACAGCAUAAGACCCAGGCUGAGCUGACAUAACUAUCCAGUACUGCACAAAGCAAGCGAUUCCCCGAAUUCACCAGGAUGCCCAAAAUCACGAGGCACCCACAAAGCCCAGGAGGACAACUCAGCCCCUCACUGCCCCCCAUUCCCUUCACUAUUGUUAAUAAAAUGCCCCACUUUUGCAUUUAAGCAUAUGUCUGUGUCCUACCUCCUUACUGCCCUGCUAAAAUAAAAACUGAUUAAAGUGCUUUUUAAAGAAUGUAUUGGAAGCUGUAAAUGAGAUUUCACUUUGUAACAUAAUUUCUGUACUAAAGUAAAAAUUAUUUUUAUGCUAUGCAUAACGUUACAUAAGAGUGAAAACAUAUUUUAAUUUUAUUAAAUAAAUUACCUUGCAUCAAAGUAAAAUAUUGAUUUGAGGUUAUGCUACAUAUGAUGUUACAUAAAAAUGAAACUAUAUUUUGAUUUUAUAAAAGAAAUUACCUUACAUGAAAGUAAAAACGUGAUUUGAAGUUAUGCUACACAUGAAUUUACAUCAAAAUGAAACUGUAUUUUGACCUUAUAAAAGAAAUUACCUUAUAUGAAAGUAAAAACUUGAUUUGAAGUUAAGCAACACAUGAAUUUGCAUCAAAAUGAAACAGGAUAUUUGCAUUAUAAAAUAAAUGACCUUACAUCAAAGAAAAAAGAUAAUUUCAAGUUAUGCUACAUAUGAAGUAACAACAAAAUGAAACUAUAUUUUGACCUUAUAAAAUAAAUUACUUUACAUCAAAGUGAAAACAUGUU